AUGAGUAAGAAGUUGACUUGUGAGGAGCUUGUCAAUGUCGGAUAUAUCAAUGGAGUCAUGGAUGUCAAGCCUGGCGAGGAUGCCAAGUUUAUGGACUUGGUUCUGAAGGAGGUUGAUGAUAGACUCGGCAAGCACCUGAUCCCGGAUAGUCUUAUGGGUAUCAAGAAGUUGAUUAGAAGACCUGAGAGGGAGCUUUUGGAUGCUCAGGGUGUUGCUGAGGUCUUUGGUGGAUUGGAACGAUUCGUCAGUGGUGUACCGCAGGAGCAGUUCAGGAAAAUUGCUUCUGGCGAGAAGAAGCACAAGCUGUAG